UUUUAUUCAGUCACAACUCUGUGGCACUGGACGACUUAGCUAACUAAUUUUAUGAAACUAUUUCGAUAGUUUAUUGUUGCGUAGCUCUAUGUCCACUGUCUCGGUGACCUGUAAACAAAACUUCCGAGGUUAUGGCGGGAGAAAAACUCAAAAAAGAAGAAACUCUGGCAAUGCGAAAGAGGUUAAUCGGCCAGUCGUGUAGACUCUUUUAUUCAGAAGACCCUGUGAAAAUAGUAAAAGCAAGAGGACAAUAUCUGUUCGAUGAAAAUGGAAAGCGCUACUUGGACUGCAUCAGCAACGUCCAACACGUGGGUCACUGUCACCCCAGCAUUACAAAGGCUGCAGCAGAACAAAUGGACCUCCUGAACACAAACUCACGAUUCCUGCAUGACAACAUAGUCCUGUAUGCUGACCGCCUGGCUGCCACCCUGCCUGAGAAACUGUGUGUCUUCUACUUUGUGAACUCUGGAUCAGAGGCCAAUGAUCUUGCGUUACGCUUGGCACAGCAGUACACUCAACACGAGGAUGUCAUAGUGCUCGACCAUGCAUACCAUGGGCAUCUAAUGUCCCUCAUCGACAUUAGUCCUUACAAGUUCCGGAAACUGGCAGGACAGAAAGAAUGGGUUCAUGUGGCACCCUUACCAGACACCUACAGGGGCAUAUAUAAUGAGGACCACCCCAACCCGGGACAAGCAUAUGCCGAUACAGUAAAAGACCUAAUAGAGGAGGUGCAUCGGAAAGGUCGUAAGAUCUCUGCCUUCUUUGCUGAAUCCUUACCCAGUGUUGGAGGACAAAUCAUCUUGCCCCAGGGAUACUCUGCAAAAGUUGCAGAAUAUGUGCGCUCAGCUGGUGGAGUGUUUGUGGCAGAUGAGGUGCAGACGGGUUUUGGACGUGUGGGGAAUCACUUCUGGGCGUUCCAGCUGCAGGGAGAGGGUUUCUGUCCAGACAUAGUGACCAUGGGCAAGCCGAUGGGCAACGGGCAUCCUCUGGCGUGCGUUGCAACAACUGUGGACAUAGCCGGAGCUUUCACAGCCAACGGAGUGGAGUACUUCAAUACGUUCGGUGGAAAUCCGGUGUCGUGUGCAAUCGGCCUGGCCGUCCUUGAUGUGAUAGAGGAAGAGGACCUUAGAGGAAAUGCCACAAGGGUGGGAGCUCAUCUUAAGGAUUUGCUCACAAAGCUACAAUCACGACAUGAAAUAAUUGGAGAUGUAAGAGGUGUAGGACUGUUUGUGGGAAUUGAGCUGGUUACAGACAGAGCGAAGAGGACUCCUGCCACAAGAACAGCAGCAUGGGUGGUGAAGAGGUUGAAGGAGCAGCAUCAAAUCUUCGUCAGUACAGAUGGCCCCUGGGAAAGUGUAGUGAAGUUUAAGCCUCCUAUGUGCUUCAGCAUGGAGGAUGCAGAACUGGUGGCGCAAUGUAUCGACGGCAUCCUCACAGACAUGAAAGCGGACAACCUCAAACUGGAAAAGGAAGACAUCUAAAGGUGUUCAGUGCCAAUUUAUGGAAAUAUUUUGGUUGAAGCUACAAUCCGCACCUCUGCGAUGACACCCAGCCAGGUGGAGGUAAACAUUUCACGUGAUGCCAACUACAGCACACCUUUACCACCUGGGGGACCACACAGCAGUAGAUGCUAUUGUGAGACACUUUUACACGAUUGCAUAAUAAACUAACCUGUUUUUAUACUGACUCUUGUUUUUGUUUUUUAAACCCACAGCAUCAAUAACCAGCCUCAUCAUGAACACUGAUCAGCAACACGUUCUCAAUACAUAAUAUGGUUUAGCACUUACCAGCCCACUAUCUUUUACUCCUGGACACAUUCACAAAAUUGCUCAAGUAUUGCAGUUUCACAUCUAGAUGGGUGGGCAUUGACACUCCUGAAGACAGUGAGGCCCUCUCCCACAUCUUCCCAAAGAGGCAUCCGUAGAGAUGUUAACAUUACUUGAGACGAAACGAGCAAGCCAUGUAACAGUACAAAACAUUUAACAUUAACUUUACAAAUAAUAACAAAAAGAUCCGUGUGUAAUAUAAACCAAAAUUUUUAUUUCUAUCAAUUUGCCCAAGACACUAGAGGAAUGAGUUUCCAGUGAGAGAGGGAGUACCCUCUUACAUUAACAGGCUUGCGUUCAGUUGAAUAACACUAGUAAAGCCACUUAAAAUUGCAGACAUGAUGGGGGGGGGGAGAAUCUCCUUAAAAGCCAAAAAAAAAUAAAAAUAAAAUAAAGAUGCUGGUUGUCUUCGUCUACAAGGCCAUCUGCAAACAUUCACUUGACACGCUUACAAAGAACCCUUUGAUUAGUUUAAAUCCCUUAUUUUACCUCACCCCACAUCUGAAGCCAUGCAACUCGCAUCCAACACUCAGCAUAGGAUAAAACAAACUAAAACUCUAGAAACACCAAAAGGAAAAAAAAAAAAAAAAAAAAAAAAAAGAAAAAUUGUUUUAUUUAUGAGCUUUAAAA